AUGCUCUUGCUGUCAAAGAAGAAAAAUGUAAAGUGUUGGAAACAGAUUCGCUACACUGAAAAGCAGGUUGAUGAUUUGCUAUUGGAGAAGGCUGUCACUAGAAGUUGUCUCUCCGACAUUACUGGAUUUCUCUCUGAUAUCGUUGAGACUCGUGAUCCCAUGAUUUCCAUCAAUAUAAAGAAACAUAUGGCUAAGAAGCUACGCCUGGUGUUCGCUAUGUUACACCGUUUGGAAGGUGUUAUGAAACCGGUGGUGUUUUCGCAACAAGGAGGAGAAGGUGGCUCCAAAGUUCAGUUGAAUGAACCCCCCCCCAAAGCUCCAGUCAACCCUCACGUCAUCAAGAAAGAACCCAAUUGUAAAGAAAAGUUAUUUAACGAUGAAUCCAUUAUCGAUGAUGAAUGA